UUAUUAAGAUCUUAGUAUUUUAAUUUUGAAACUUGCAUUGAAAAACCUCAUUAAAAAUUUUGUGAUUAACAGUUUAAAUUUUUAUUAUAGCAAAUAUACAAAUGUUAAUAAAAUUAUAUAAGUAGAAACUCUUAAUAAUAAAUAUUUAUAUUAAAAUAUACUGUGACGAAGAAGAAAGCAUUAAACUUUUACACAAAGGGGCAAGAUCAGAGUCCAAAAAAAAUCUAUAAAAAUCAAAACUAUUAAAAAAAAUUAAGAAAGUCCCUUAGAUCUCAUAGCUAUUAAAUCUAAUCAUUCAUGCACGGCUGGAUUCUGCUGUUGUAGUGAGAGAAAGCAGUGCAGCAAGAGUUUCUGAUAGAGAAGAAUUAGGAGUAUGUGAAGCUGACAGAGCUGUUGGCGACGGAGACGACGGGACCUUGAUGUUUGUGACUGAGAUUUUAGGAUCUCCUAGUCGGAAAACGGUGCGGUAAACGUGAUCACGGUGGUGAUCAGAGACGAUAAAGGGUUCCUAUGGAGAAAACAAAGAGAUUGGGAGAGAUAAGAGAUGGUUAUGACAGAGAAAACAAAUAAAUUGAAAAGAGAUAUAUGAGAGAUGAUUCUGACGGAGAAAACAAAGAGGUUGAGAGAGAUAAUAGGGGGAAAACAGACAUUAAAACACACAUAAGCCAUAAAAGCAUUUUUCAUCCGUGCAAAUUAUCCACUAGACUGUAAUCAGGGUCGGAUCUGAGAGUUUGGGGAUCCUAAACCAUUUAGUAAAAAUUUCAAAAAUUUGAAAGGGUAAAACUUUGUUUUUACAAAUUUAGAGACCUAUUUACGUAUAAAAGUUUUCAAAAAAUUUGGGGGCUCAAAGGGGAAUGUUUCAUCUGGGUCCAUGACCGGGCCUGACCGCAGUUACUCUAAAAAAAUCUGAUUAUUUUUAAAACACACACAUACAGCCAUUCUGAUGAUGGCCAAAUCAUUUAUAGCUGAUUUACAUCGAAAGUGACAACCUCUUCGCAAGUACUCUGAUGGCGUAAGCAUGAGUCAUUCAAAUUGAUUUAUAUAUGUUUCUUUUGAAUAGGUCCUCACAAUAUUUUUUUUCUAAAAUGACAGAUAGACAUAACUAGGUUCCUAUACCCAUUUUGUAUGCCGUCAAUGUUACGUAUGUGUCUAUGUAUACAAAGGUACCACGUGACAUAUCCCUAAGUUACACGUUGCCAGCAGCAGAAAGUCUAGAGCUAAUCUUCUAUGUUCAUGAACUUUUGAACUGGUCUUGGAGGUUAUUAAUCCAUAUCUCUUUUAUUUUGUCAAGGGUUAAUCCAUGUCUUUAAAACUCCUAAAUUUGGGGAUUACUGAAAGUUUCAGUUCGGAUUGGCUAAAGUCUAAAGUAAACAUAUAUUUUACAAGAAUAUUUUAAAAAAGUUUAUCUACAUAGUCUUGUUCAUCAGCCUUAAAGUCUAUUGCUUUUCACUCUAUUAGCUAACUUAUAAUUCCUAAAACCUUUUACAUUGUACUAUUGUAAUCAAGACUGAACUGAAUACAAAGAUAUCAAAAGGUCUGAACGGAAUCUAGAUUAUUGUAAAUUUGUAAUCAAGACUGAACUACAAAGAUAUCCAAAGUCUGAAAAGAAUCUCUUUUUUUUUUACUAUAAAAGAAUCUGAUUUUUUACUUUAUAAAUUCUCAUGCAUUUUUUUUGCUAACAAUUCUCAUGCAUUUUCAUUUAUCGUUUUUAUGGAAACCCAAAUUUGGAAAACUUGUAAAACUGAACAAAGUAAUAAUAUCCAAUAUUAAUUUUAUUUGAUUAUAAUCACAAACUACAAAAGAAAAAUAAACCAAAAGCCAAAUUUGAAACUAGAUUUAGAUACAAGAGUUUUCUAAAAAAAAGUUGAAUACACAAAACGCUUAUCAGAAUCAUACGCGUCAAAUCUUGUGUCAUAAUGGUGUCAGCAUGACAAAAGGCAAUCAACGUUCUGGUUCCAAACAAUGCGGCGGUGCAAGCUUUUUAAAACCCAAUAGGACCCACAAACCUCUCAAAGCCGUCAUGAUCCUCUCUCUAUAAAUAGCUACACACAAUCACAAAACCAAAACACACAAACAAGAUUCAUUUUACUAAAAACACGUCUUUUACUUUAGUACAUGAGAGCUGAGAUAAACAAAGCAAAUACGCUUCGAGGUUUGGUUGCAUUCGGGUUCAUCAGAAACUUCACAUCCAUGUCUUCUUCUUCCCAAAGUUUCGUGUCAAGAUCUGUAAUCAAGAACGUCUUCGCCAAGCUUCAGAGAGAAGGCGAUGGAGCCGUCGUUAGACGUGGCAUUUCCAGGAGUGAGCAGAAGCUGUUGGAUCCUUUCUUGAUGCUAGAUGAAUUCUCCGUUUCACCUCCAGCUGGAUUCCCAGAUCAUCCUCACAGAGGUUUUGAAACUGUUACAUACGUACUAGAGGGAGGGAUUACUCAUCAAGAUUUCAAAGGCCAUAAGGGUACAAUAUAUGCCGGUGAUGUUCAGUGGAUGACUGCAGGAAGAGGAAUCAUUCACUCUGAAAUGCCUGAGGAAGAAGUUAACAAAGGUUUACAGCUUUGGAUCAAUCUUUCCUCCAACGAGAAAAUGAUAGAGCCAAAUUACCAAGAACUGUCGAGUUCAGACAUACCAAAAGCAGACCAAAACGGUGUCCAAGUCAAAGUCAUAGCAGGAGAAUCAAUGGGUAUCCAAUCCCCUGUUUACACAAGAACACCAACAAUGUUUCUCGACUUCACUCUCCAUCCAGGAGCUCAGUUCCACCAGAAGGUUCCGGAAUCUUGGAACGCGUUUGCUUACGUUCUAGAAAGCGGAGAAGGCGGAGCUGUUUUCGGCUCAUCAAACUCCUCUCCUGUUUCAGCGCACAACGUUGUGGUGUUUGGACAAGGAAAUGACGGUGUUAGCGUGUGGAACAAGUCAUCUUCCAAGAAGUUGCGGUUUGUAUUAAUUGCUGGAGAACCGAUAGGUGAACCGGUGGUUCAGUACGGUCCGUUUGUGAUGAAUACACAAGCUGAGAUUGAUAUGACGAUUGAAGAUUAUCACUAUAGUAAGAAUGGCUUUGAAAUGGCAAAGUAUUGGAAGUCACAAUGAGAGAGAGACAAAUAAUGAUCAUUGUUUAAAUCAUUUUCGUACUUGUGUUUAUCUUAUGUGUGAUUUGAACUGAAAUAAUCAUAAUAAACAAACAAACAUAAACAUGUUUAUUUUGCUAAAUAUGUGGGUGUGAACCCAUAAGAUCCGAGGCUGACUUUGUUAAACAUGUUCAACCUAGUCAUCAUUAUUAAGG